UGAUCUGAGGAACAUUGUUUAAAGAACAUUGCUCUAUCAUAACCAUCUCUUAUGAAGCAUCCUUGGUAUGUGCUGGAUUACAACUCCCAGAAUUUCAAGCUGGCAUGGUCUGACUGCUCAUUCAUCCUUUGUCACUGGGAAGACUGGACUAGCUGGGCUGCAGUCUCAACAGACCUGGAGGUUGUCAGAUUGGAUAAAGCUGGCCUUGAUUAUAGAAUAUCUAAGUUUAUGGGAUAUUUUUGAGACAGGGCCAUGUUUGAAAAAACUCUUACCUAUGGUUAACUUACCCAUAUUUACUCAGUUAAUAAAAAUUUCUGAAAUCACAUGACACACUGAACUAACCACAAGAGCUGGGUUUGCCUAAAACAUGAAAACUCUAAUCUGAUGCACUAAUUUGUGGUUCGGUGUAUUAUAUGGACUCAAACCAAAGGCCAAAAUACUUGGUAAAUGCUUUGAUGGUAGCCUGUUCAACUUGGCAUUUUGCUCUCUUGCCUCCUAUAUUUGAAAGUGUUCAGAUGCAUCUAGGAUGCUAGCGGCAGACCCAACAGCUGAGUCUCUAUGUAACGCUUAUCUAUUGUUAACUGAACUCUGGUUUAUUUCAUGCAAGUUUCUGGAUUUUUACAGAAAACUCACCAAGUAUGCUGAAUUUGAAAAACACACUUGGCUAAAGUGUGGUUGACUAGUCUGUGAUUCUGUCCAUUAUGCAAUACAUAAUAGGGUUUUGUUUGGCAUUAUUCAUUUAUUUUGGGGAGGGCUUGGUCCUUAGUUCCCUGAGCUGUUUAUCCAAGUGAAUCUUUCAGUCUUCUCUAAUGGAACCUCUGGUGCAUUUUCUAAGCAUGGGGGUUGGGCAGGGGAGAAUUUGUCAUUACAUUUUAAAUUUCUGGAAAGAAUCCAUGUUUUAAAGUUUCUUUUGUUUUUUGUUUUUUAAAAAAGACACUUAUUUCAUUUUUAAUUCAUUGUGGGAGGGAGAAUGGGAAGCUGUCGGUAAAACUAGCGCUAAGAAGCUGCCUCAGUCAGGCUCCAAUCAUUUCAGAUGAAAGCAUUUGGGGUUUUCAUUUCAUUCAGCAUACCAGCAACUUCCCCAACUGCAAACUCUUUAGCUGUUUACUCAUAACCUUAUCUAUAAAGUUAGUUACCUCUUACCCCUCCCUUUUCUUUUAAAAAAAAUUAUUUAUUCGUGCACAUUUUUCAGUCAAAAAACGAAAAGCAAUUGUCUGCUUCCACGCCAGCUCCCUGCACCCCCUCCAUUCAUUAGUCGCUUGCAACAUAUGGGGCUAUUCUCCCAAGGCAAACCCCGUCAGCCCGGGCCUCCUUCGCAGCCGCCCGUCCCCGCCUUUCGUGUUCCGCCGAAGUUGGACGGGGUCAGGAAGGGAGGGGAGAAAAUCACUCCCGAGCCACCUCCACUUCUCCUGCGUUCCGAACCGGGAAGAAAUAUUGGGUGACGGUCCCUGACGCAGGCAAACUUAGGCGUCGGUUUCAAGGCUCCUCCCUUCUGGUGAAAGGCAGACUGCGGGGUGCCUGGAAACCGGUUCGAGGGAGAGAGGGCUUGAGGGAUUGCCGCAAAUGGUCAGGCGGCGGCGGGGGGGGAGGGGGGGGAGGCGGCGGCGGCGGCCGCAGCAGCAAGAUCAAAAGCAGCUGGAUCUGCUGCGCUCUGCCCGGCGGAGGAGACGGGGCUGGCGGCGCGGUGGAAGAGUCCGCGGCGGCAGCUGCUGAGCUGGCCCCUUCCUGGGCUUUGCGCCCUCCUGCCUUUCCUUCAUGAGUCUCAAGUUUGCGCUGGCAGGAGACCGAAAACGCGGCGGCAGCGGCGGCAGCGGCGGCAGCAGCAGCCCGGGCCGGGAAGCGGCGGCGGCGAUCGAGGCAGCGACGAGGGCGAGAGGAACCGGCGAAGUAUGGCCGAGAAGUGGAGUCGGCAAGUUUGCAGCGGAGCCAAGGCGGCGGCGGCGGCGGCGGCAGGGGGUAGGCAGGCCCGAGUGCGCUCUCCGUGGCCGCUCCUGCUGCUGGCGCUGCUGCUCGUGUGGACGGAGGCGCCGAUGCUCUCCGCGCGGGGCCAGGCGCCACCCCCGGCGCAGUACAACGGCGAGCGUGGCAUCUCCGUGCCGGACCACGGCUACUGCCAGCCCAUCACCAUUCCGCUGUGCACGGAUAUCGCCUACAACCAGACCAUCAUGCCCAAUUUGCUGGGCCACACGAACCAGGAGGACGCCGGCCUGGAGGUCCACCAGUUCUACCCGCUGGUCAAAGUGCAGUGCUCGGCGGAGCUCAAGUUCUUCCUCUGCUCCAUGUACGCGCCGGUGUGCACCGUGCUGGAACAGGCGUUGCCGCCCUGCCGCUCCCUCUGCGAGCGCGCGCGCCAGGGCUGCGAAGCGCUCAUGAACAAGUUCGGCUUCCAGUGGCCGGACACGCUGCGCUGCGAGAAGUUCCCCGUGCACGGCGCCGGCGAGCUCUGCGUGGGCCAGAACACCUCCGAGCGGGGCACGCCCACUCCCUCUCUGGGCCCCGAGCUGUGGACCAGCAACCCCCAGCUCAGGCCUGGCGGCGGGGCGGGCGGCGGUGGAGGGAGCCACCUGGCGGACCGGGCGGGCAGGUUCAGCUGCCCCCGGGUGCUCAAGGUGCCCUCCUACCUGAAUUACCGCUUCUUGGGCGAGAAAGAUUGCGGGGCCCCCUGUGACCCCGGGCGCCCCUAUGGGCUCAUGUACUUCGGGCAGGAGGAGCUGCGCUUCUCACGGACCUGGAUUGGCAUCUGGUCAGUGCUGUGCUGCGCCUCCACCCUCUUCACAGUUCUCACCUACCUGGUGGAUAUGAAGCGUUUCAGUUACCCAGAGAGACCCAUCAUCUUCCUCUCGGGUUGCUACACUGCCGUGGCUGUAGCCUACAUCGCGGGGUUUCUGCUGGAGGAGAAAGUGGUGUGUAACGAGCGCUUUUCUGAUGAUGGCUCGCGUACCGUAGCCCAGGGCACUAAGCGAGAAGGGUGCACCAUCUUGUUCAUGAUGCUGUAUUUCUUUGGUAUGGCCAGCUCCAUCUGGUGGGUCAUCCUGUCCCUCACGUGGUUCCUGGCUGCAGGCAUGAAGUGGGGCCAUGAGGCCAUCGAAGCUAAUUCCCAGUACUUCCACUUGGCUGCUUGGGCUGUUCCAGCAAUCAAAACCAUCACCAUCCUGGCUCUGGGACAGGUAGAUGGAGAUGUGCUGAGCGGCGUCUGCUUUGUGGGCAUCAACAAUGUAGACGCUUUGCGGGGCUUCGUGCUGGCACCCUUGUUUGUGUACUUAUUCAUUGGCACUUCUUUCCUCCUGGCUGGAUUUGUGUCCCUUUUCAGAAUUAGGACUAUUAUGAAGCAUGAUGGCACCAAGACAGAAAAACUGGAAAAGCUGAUGGUGAGAAUUGGGAUCUUCAGCGUUCUGUACACAGUGCCUGCCACCAUUGUGAUUGCUUGUUAUUUCUAUGAGCAAGCAUUUAGGGAACAGUGGGAAAGGAGUUGGUUUGCUCAAAGCUGCAAGAGUUAUGCCAUUCCUUGCCCCAGUAAUCACCAUCACCCCCCCAUGAGCCCGGACUUCACAGUCUUCAUGAUCAAAUAUCUCAUGACCCUAAUUGUGGGAAUCACUUCAGGCUUCUGGAUCUGGUCUGGAAAAACACUCAAUUCCUGGAGGAAAUUCUAUACCAGACUUACCAACAGCAAACAAGGGGAAACUACAGUGUGAAGUUCAACAUCAGCUUGGGUUGUUCACUCACCAACUUUGAUGUUGGUCCACAGUGCUGACCAGAGAGUGGAAGAGGAGAGAGAUGUACACACCCUGAAACCAUAUAGGUCAGAGAAUUUUCCCUCCAGCCCACAGGAAACUGAUACUAAGGACAUUGGAAGAGGAAUCUACUGUUCUCCUUCUCCUCAUCUGGACUAAAUUUACCCUAAAAGUUGGGAAUGUGAUUUUGAGAUUGUUGUAAAUAGUCUCUGUAAGAUUUUGUAAGUAUAUUUGUAUUUAAGUUGCAAAGCUUUUUCGUAUAUAUUUAAAACAUUUUAAAACUCCCUUUGCAGACUUUUCUGUUUUGAAGCACAAGAAAACAAACGUUCUGUUUUAUUUUCAGUGCAGCAUUGAAAAAUGAGAAGCUAAGAGACCUUCUUUUGUAGGUCCAAGAUUAGGACUGACUGAUUUGUAAUUGGCCCUAAUAUUGGAGCCAUUUACAAUGAGGAACCUAAUGGCUUCAGGAAACCCAUCUAGUAGGUUGUUGGUGGCACAGUUAAUGGGAUUUGUGUGGCACAGCAGCUGUGGACAAAGAGUAGAACAACCCUUCCUUGGUAUAACCUGAAGGAAGAAAGAGCAAGCUGUCCUACCUGUUGUAGUAACACUGUGGGAGGAGCUCAUGGACGAGAACUGUCCUAGCCGAUUACAUGCUUAACCCUUGUGGAAGAAAACUCUCAGCCACGGAACUGACCGGGAGCUUUCUAAGCCCUGUUUAAAGUUGUGACCUUAAAAGUGUAGAAUGGAAUAGCUGGGAAUGAAGUAUUCUUAUCAACUCCCGUACAUAUUUGAUAGAUUUUAAAGCACUGUAAAGUUUUCUCCUAACUUUGUAAUAUAUUGAGCUUACAAUUUGCUUUGUAUCUUCUGUAGAAAUAAGUCUCUUGGCUGUUAUUAUUAACUCUGCAGUGAGCAGGAAGGCUGUUUCUUUUUUUUUAUUGUAAUUCGAUACGCUCUUUAUUAACAUUGUUCUGAACAAUGUUUCUUUGGUGGAUUUUUUUCCUUUAGUGAAUUUGCUAAAAAAGAACUGAAAAGUCUCUACUGAACUGAUUUUGCAAAUCAGUUCAGUAUGGUCAAUAAUAAAGGUUCGGGGGAAUAAACAGAGCAAAAAAACUCAGUAACUUGGAUUAUUCAGAUUUUUGAAAUUUGCUUGACAUUGACAUUUUAUUUCUGCAGAUCUUUAUAGCUGAUGGGUUUCAUUCCUUCUCAUUAAUAGCUGACCAAAAAGCAUGAUGAUUUAUGCUACCAGGGGAAAAACAGCAACAAUAAUGUGUGAAACCCAAAAGACUCUACAAGCCUGAUGUUUCAGCGUAGUCAUUUAUAUGUAAAGCUGGAAGAACUGUCUGUGAUUGGUCAAUGCUCCCUCUAAACUGUUACAGCUCAUACUUCUGUAAUAGGUUUAUACAAGAUCUGUCAGUUUUCAGUGGCAAACUCAUUUUCAUAUUUAAUCAUUUCUGUGGCACGGCAGACUUGCUGCUCUUCUGGCAUAUUGUUCCAAACUUUUUAUUUACACCCCUGCCAAAAUACAAUCUAUAAUUAACCAUACCCUAAAAUGAAUAGCUCUGUGAAUUUGGUACACACUUAUUUCUGUUCACUAUCUCAAAAUCAUCUAUAUUUAUAGAGCAAUAGAAGUUUAUAUAUAAA